GACCUGAUCACGGGGGAAAUAGGGAUGCACUGGAGCUGAAAACAAAACAUCUUCGCACUUUGCAAACUGGCAGGAGGCUAGGUAUGCAACUGGGGUGAUUAGGUGUCUGAGCACAACUAGUAUCGUGAGCAUGCUAGGAACAAUCUCAAUAUUAUGUUUGAGUAGUCCUCUGUUGUCAUGGACUCCACCCGACUCGAACAACCCUGGCACGAGACAGGUCUGUCAGGGUUCGUAUACCCGAGUACUCCAGAUCAAGCCAUUGACUACCUACAAAGCUGGAUGCCAAAAUAGCGCCAAAACGAACCACGGAACGACAACCCAACAAUCACCCAGCCAACUCCAACUUGCGCCACUAAAUUAUCCCUCCCAGAUAACGAUCAUGGAAUUGUACAAGUUGCAAAGCCACCGCCACGAACUGAAUAUAGGGGUGCAGGCUCCCGGUUUGCGAUCCGUGCGCCACACGGUGUUCGCACGUCAAAGCCGUCAUCGAUGACGCUAACAGCUCGCUGGGCCCAACGGCUGCGCUAAGGGAUG